AGAUCUCUGGCUGGAUGCCCGCCACAGCCUCUCCCCCGUUCUCAUCGCAGGCGCUUGGCCCCCACGAAAGCCUCCUGCAAAGGCUUCAAGGGCCGCGGGUGGCCAGCGGCGACGUCGCCUCGUGAUGACGUCGUCGCGAUGACGCGACGCAGUGACGUAACGCGGGCGCCCAUGUUGAGGAGCGCGUCUGGCGCGCCCGUUUUGAAGCUGCCCUGAGCCGCAGCGCGGGCCGGACCGCGCCCCUUUUUAGGGUCCCCGCGCCCCGCGAGUCCGCGGCGUUGCCGGGGGCGUGGGUUCUGUUCCCCGCGCCGGGCCCCGCAUCGCCGAGGUCCGUUUGAGCGGGACCGAAGCCCCCGGCGCGGGGCGGGGCGGGCGUCCUGGGGCGCCCCGGGCCCAGCCCCCGCCAUGCCGCCCGGGAAGGCCCUGCAGCCCGUGCUGAAGAUGAAGGUGGACGAGCUGUUCCUCUGCUGGCUCAGCGAGGCCAGCACGCAGCGGAUGCUGCAGGACUGUCUGCGCCGGAUCAAGGCGCCCGGGCGGGACCAGCCGGCCACGGGGGACGCGGAGCAGCCCGCAGCCCCGCCCGCCGCCCCCAGGCCCAGCGGGCUCGACCCCCCGGGGACCCCCGGCCCGGGCCCCGCGCUGCCCCUGGGCGCCGCCUGCGUCCCCAGGAACGCGCCCCACGCUCGAGGCACCCGUAGAUCCGCAGGCACGAGGGUCGUCCAGACGCUGAAGCAGGAGCCUCUGCCCCCGGCCACGAGCCAAAGCAUUCCGACCUUCUACUUCCCCAGAGGACGCCCGCAGGACUCCGUCAACGUGGAUGCCGUCAUCAGCAAGAUCGAGGGCACCUUCGCCCAGUUCCCCCAGGAGAGGGCCAGCAUGGACGACAUGGGCCUGGUGGCUAAGGCCUGCGGCUGCCCCCUCUACUGGAAGGGGCCGCUCUUCUACGGCGCCGGCGGGGAGCGCACAGGCUCCGUGUCUGUGCACAAGUUCGUCGCCAUGUGGAGAAAAAUCCUCCACAACUGCCACGACGAUGCCGCCAAGUUCGUCCACCUGCUCAUGAGCCCCGGAUGCAACUACCUGGUGCAGGAGGACUUCGUGCCAUUCUUGCAGGACGUGGUGAACACGCACCCGGGGCUGUCGUUCCUGAAGGAGGCGUCCGAGUUCCACUCGCGGUACAUCACCACGGUGAGCACCUGCGGCUCCUCCGAGCCUGCGGGGCGCGGGAGCUGCCGCCGAGGGAGGCGGUUCCGUGGCUGCACCCACGCCGGGCUGGGGCACGGUGGGGAGGGCAGGGCGUGUUUCCGGAGUGGCCGCCGUGCAUGGGGGAGCCCUGAGCCGCAGGAGGAAGCGGCAGGCACCCGGCCUUGGGGCGUCUCCUCGGAGGCCCCUUGCUCAAGCCCCCCCCACCGUGUCCUUUGGCAGAACGUAGCGCUGCUGGAGGAGGAGGCGGACAUCAACCAGCUGACCGAGUUCUUCUCCUACGAGCACUUCUACGUCAUUUACUGCAAGUUCUGGGAGCUGGACACGGACCACGACCUGCUCAUCGACGCGCACGACCUGGCGCGGCACAAUGACCACGCCAUUUCCACCAAGAUGAUCGACAGGAUCUUCUCGGGAGCGGUCACGCGAGGCAGAAGAGUGCAGAAGGAGGGCAAGAUCAGCUACGCCGACUUCGUGUGGUUUCUCAUCUCGGAAGAAGACAAGAAGACGCCGACCAGCAUCGAGUACUGGUUCCGGUGCAUGGAUUUGGACGGGGACGGCGCCCUGUCCAUGUUCGAGCUGGAGUACUUCUACGAGGAGCAGUGCCGGAGGCUGGACAGCAUGGCCAUCGAGGCCCUGCCCUUCCAGGACUGUCUCUGCCAGAUGCUGGACCUCGUCAAGCCGAGGACCGAAGCGGGGAUGGCCCAGGGUGAGGGGAGGAGCCUGGAUGAGGACAUCCCCCUGGGAGCAGUGUCCCUGCUCCAGGACAGUGACAGCAGCAGCUCCGAACUCUCGGACUGGGAGAAGUAUGCGGCCGAGGAGUACGACAUCCUGGUGGCCGAGGAGGCUGCGGGAGAGCCCUGGGAGGACGGGUUCGAGGCCGAACUCAGCCCCGUGGAGCAGAAGCUGAGUGCGCUGCGGUCGCCGCUGGCCCAGAGGCCGUUCUUCGAGGCGCCGUCGCCCCUGGGCUCCGUGGACCUGUACGAGUUCGCGUGCGGGGACGAGGACCUGCAGCCGCUGUGAAACCGUCCCGUCGUUGUCUUUUGCGGAAAACGCGUGCGU